CGACAAAUGAUUGACUGGCGAGCACCGCCCGACAUGUGUUCAUUCAGCUAACAAUACACACAUCGUCCGCCCGUCCCCCUUGCCGUGCAGAUCUCAGCCGCUCAGUCCGCAACACAGAACAUACACAAGGCUUUAUAAAACGAGUUCAGUCAGUAAGUUAUCCCUGAGCUUCACUCCCACUUCCGUUUGUCCCCCUGCCCCAUGAUCCCCCUCCUGCUCUCCACGGUGGCGUCAUGACGCACCAAGAGCGGCUCGCGCUCUCCGUCUGCGGUGUUGGGUCUGGCCGAUCUGACGCUGAGGCCGCAUGGUCCCGCCGGGGUGUUCGAAUCUGUUGGCGCAGCAGGGAUGGAAGAUGCCGACUCGGAUGCUGUCCUGGAUGCCUCUGCUCCCGGAGAGGGCUUGGAUGGCGCACCGGAUGACUGCGGUGAUCGUGUCGAGAACGCUGACCGCUCUCCUCCGUCCAGCAGCACUUGCCACCCACUCACCCAAGUAUCGCCAGGGCGGAAGCCGUCAGGGAAGCCGUACCGCUCGUACUCCUUCCGCUUGACGAAACGCGCCCAGGCGGCGAAAGCACCAUGGUCGGUGAUCCUGCCCUCUUCGUCCAUGAACCUCUUGAAGACUGAAGCAUACUCUUUGUGGAGGUACUGGCAGUGGGGGAUGUCCUCAGCGGGAAUGUCAGAGGAUAUCAAGGCGUGAUAUAUCAGCUGUCUAUCCUCGCUAGUGGCGUUGUUGCCCAUCUCUGAUAUCUC